GUAGAAGUAAAACCGAAAAGAGAAGUAGAACUGGUGAAUGAUAUUUUGAAGAAUUUAGUACACAUUUUUGAGAGAGAACUGGAUCAUUCAGUUUCUCCUGUCCAUAGAGAUUCCAGUAAUAGGAGAUAUGACAAUAAUCGAGAUAAUUAUAAUAAUGUCGUAAAUCAGUCUUUAGCUGUAAAUAAUACUGUUAAAGAUCCAGGUCAUAAUGCGGAUGAUGUGAGUAGAAAUUUAGUCGCGUUACACCACCUGGAGGUUUUACCUAGAAACAAUAUCACUUUUCUUAACGAUGGGAAAAAAAGAAGAAGAAAUAAAUCACAAACAGUAGAAGGUGGCAGAGACGUUCAGCGAUCAGAUGCUGAUGCGUCUAAGAAAGGAAAGAACAAAGUUAAGCUAUUUAUUAAAGAGAAGCAAAUCAAAAUCAUCGAAGACCAAGAGGUUUCCGGUCAAGCCUUCUUGAAAGGUGGGGAAUGCCAGGGGUGGACGAAAGAGCAAACGUUAAGCUUAUCUUCUAUGAAUACCCAGAAAAUACUGAAGCUUUGUGUACGUUAUGGUUUGCGGGAACAAGUUGAAGUUAGAGCCUUCAACAAUUUCGAAGUGGUUGGCGAUAGGCCUUCUGCAUUUACGUCGGACCAGGAAGUGAGCAAAAACAAUCAUUCUGAAGAUUACAUAACUAUAUACGGGAUACUUUUCUUGGAGCAGAAUUCCUCACCGUUCUGGAACAGUGGAAAGGUUCAUGGUACAGCUGACUCAGUGGUCGUUCGAUCACCACAGUUAUCAUAUUCUCAGGACAUGGUAAAGCUAGUUUUUGAGCUGAAGAAGAAAGUUGAAGACGGUCAUAAACAUCAAGCCAUUGCCAAGUUAAUCGCAUCCAAUAUGUUCUCGUCCCUGAAACCAGUAGUCAUGCUUACAGACUUCUUGACAUUUAAAUUCUAUUGGAUUGCUCCCUCUCAAUAUCUAAGGCUCUCCGGACGUUCCUCCGUCUCUUCGUCAUUCGCCCGCGCUUUGCUAGUUCCUGAUCGUGCGAUAAAUUAUAUGACGCCGGAAAACCUAAACAAGCUACCCCUCGACGAAAGAAGAGAUGUAAUUAGUCAAAUAACGAUAAUUAGUGAAGACGGAGGUGAUGAUAUAGCCAAUCUUGAUGAAUUCAUAGACGAAAUGGGACCAUAG